AUGGACAAGUUGGUGGUCAGAGGCGCUCGCUUUGUGUUGGAUGUCAGUGUGUGGAUAUUGAGGAAGAAGGGCUACAUGCUGGGGAUGAUGAGCUCUGGACAGGGAUGUGUUCAGACAUGUGUCCUCCCAGGGGAGCUCUACCAGGUACAGCAACAUUCUAUAGAUCAGUAGGAGGACUUCAUCUGGUCAAUCCCAUUCUGCAAUUUACAAUACAGGGCUGUUAGAGGCCAGGGCUGGUGGAGGUGUGUGUCUUUGUCUGCUUUAGUGUUACCUGUAACUACUAUAUGUGAUAUUGAGACUGUUUUGUGAGCCUUAGCAGGUUGUAUGCUUGUCGCAGAAACCUAUAUCUUAGUACUCCAUGCCAUAAUUUGGUAGGUGGACACAGAUUAGUCUGGUGUGGUGUUGAUCGUUUUGGGAGUAUGUGUAUGUAUUUUAGGUUUUUAAAUGCUACAAAAGGCCAGAUUCUGUUGGGGGAAGAGUGGGGGAAGGUGAGCAACGCUUGUUUCUAGUAAACUAUACACAAAAUGUAUCAUUUGACCAAAUAUUUAGGAAGAGGUCAUAAUUUCAAAGCGAUUUAGUGAUUUUGUUUAAUUGGUGUUUGGGAAAUAAAGAUAGACAUGCAUAUAUAUAAUUUUGUUUGUAUUUUACCCCCUUUUUCAAUCCUGUCCCAUCAGUGCAACUCCCCAAGGGGCCCAGGAGGCAAAGGUCGAGUCAUGCAUCCUCAGAAACAUGACCUGCCAAACCACGCCUCCCAACACCCGCCCGCUCAACCUGGAAGCCAGCCGCACCAAUGUGUUGGAGAAAACACUGUUCACCUGACGACUGAGGUCAGCCUGUAGGUGCCCGGGCCCGCCACAAGAAGUCACUAGCGCACAAUGAGCCAAGUAAAGCCCCCCGGUCAAACCCUCCCCUAACCCGGACGACGCUGGGCCAAUUGUGUGCCGCCCUAUGGGACUCCCGAUCACGGCCAGUUGUGAUACAGCCCAGGAUCGAACCCGGGUCUGUAGUGACGCCUCUAGCACUGUGAUGCAGUGCCUUAGACCACUGCACCACAAUAUUUCAUUCAGUACUGAAGUCUGCUUAACUUACCCUAACCUGCGGCUCAACUUACCCAAUACCCGGGGUAAAUUGUGCCAAGAGACCACUUUCUUUAGACAAGCUAUGUUUUCAAAACUGUAAUGUACAUGAAUUCUGAUUAUUUUCAGGGAUACGCAACAUACUGAAAUAUAUGUAGAUAUCUUUGUUAGAAAGAAUACAAUAUAUUUCCCUUGAUGGAGUGAUGCUGAAUGUAAAAAAUGACUCAACUUACCCCACUCUCCCCUACAGAAUGACUUCAAAAACCUUCAGAACAACAAAUCCUCCUUGGGUUACCAUAGUGCUAAAUCCAUGUGACAAUGGAGACCUUGUAAUUAAAAACAACAUCAAUUAUUAUUUCCUUAACAGGAUUAUGCUCUAUGUCCUGUGCAUUGCUCAAUAUGUGACUUUGUUAAAAAGAAAGCCCUUGCUUUCUAACACAAAUCCCCUCUCUGAAGGCUGAUGUUAGAUUUUUGUCAAUUUGCAUUGACAGAGACAAGAUUUCUACACAACUGAAAUGUCCUACUAAUGUCAAUAUUUGCAUUUUCUAAGCAGGGUUGGUGUUGAUUGACAGUAUGAACAAUUACAAUACUCAGCAUUUACUUCCUGUCCUCCAUUGUAGAUGACAGAGGGGAGACUCUGCCAGGUGCAUCUCCUUGACGACAGGAAACUUGAGCUGCUGGUUCAGGUACAGGUACAAUAUCUUAAAGAAUUUGAUGAGAUUAUUGUAACAGUACUUUAGUUUCCUAUGAAUUUCAAAUCAUUUGGACCAAAAAUAAUAAUGCCCUCAAAUAAAUAGGCCUAAUGCCCUCUUCAAACAAUCUCCUAUUCCACAGCCCAAGCUGUUGUCCCGUGAACUCUUAGAUCUGGUGUCCUCCCAUUUUAACCUCAAAGAGAAGGAAUACUUCGGACUAACAUUUGUUGAUGACAGGUAAGACACUGCUUAUUUUGUAAGUAUAUUGGUGUUAAAGCGUACAGUGUCUGUGUGCAUGUGCGUGUCUGUGUGUUUGUGCAAGUGUGUGUGUGAGUGUGUGCGUGCGUGCGUGCACUCAGUGGCGGUUGGUGCUGUUUAAGAUUAGGGAGGAAAAUAAAACAUUUUAUGAGCAUGGUCAUAUUUCUAUUACAGCAUAUUGGAUGACUGUCAUUCAUGUUCCAUUCACCCAGCUCAAUGUAACAUCGAUAGGUUUAGGCUGCUUCAUGAUACUCAAAUUUUCCCUAUACCCAUCAUGAGGUUGCUACAACCUAGCCUACGAAUGAACGUUUAUAAUGUAGGUGCACAGGUCGAGAGACAUAUUGGAGUAAUCAAGGUGACAGACAGUGACACAUUAAAUACCACCUUGCACACUCAUGUCUGCAUCUAGCUGAUCUGGGGUGUAAUCAUUAGUCCAACAGUUAUAAACUAGAGUUUCUAUUGGACAAAUUCAGGUAGGUUUAUCCCCGUUUCGUUCCGUGUGCUUCUGUUUAAGAAACGUUUUUCAACAGAAUCGGUGGAAUGAAUAAACCCCUGAUCACCCGCAGAUCACACAGUUCACUUUCAUAGCAUCCACAUACAGUUGAAGUCGGAAGUUUACAUACACCUUAGCCAAAUACAUUUAAAUUCAGUUUUUCACAAUUCCUGGCAUUUAAUCCUAGUAAAAAUUCCCUGUCUUAGGUCAGUUAGGAUCACCACUUUAUUUUAAGGAUGUGAAAUGUCCUUAAGCCAUUUUGCCACAACUUUGGAAGUAUGCUUGGGGUCAUUGUCCAUUUGGAAGACCCAUUUGCGACCAAGCUUUAACUUCCUGGCUGAUGUCUUGAGAUGUUGCUUCAAUAUAUCCACAUAAUUUUCCUUCCUCACGAUGCCAUCUAUUUUGUGAAGUGCACCAGUCCCUCCUGCAGCAAAGCACCCCCACAGCAUGAUGCUGCCACCCCCGUGCUUCACGGUUGGGAUGGUGUUCUUCGGCUUGCAAGCAUCCCCUUUUUCCUCCAAACAUAACGAUGGUCAUUAUGGCCAAAUAGUUCUAUUUUUGUUUCAUCAGACCAGAGAACAUUUCUCCCCAUGUGCAGUUGCAAACCAUAGUCUGGCUUUUUUAUGGCGGUUUUGGAGCAGUGGCUUCUUGCUUACUGAGUGGACUUUCAGGUUAUGUCGAUAUACAGUGCCUUGCGAAAGUAUUCCUAUUUUGUUGCCUUACAACCUGGAAUUAAAAUGAAUUUUUGGGGGGUUUGUAUCAUUUGAUUUACACAACAUGCCUACCACUUUGUAAAUGCAAAAUAUAUUUUGCAAACAAGAAAUAAGACAAAAAAACAAGAAUUAAGACAAAAAAAAUGAAAACUUGAGCGUGCAUAACUAUUCACCCCCACAAAGUCAAUACUUUGUAGAGCCACCUUUUGCAGCAAUUACAGCUGCAAGUCUCUUGGGGUAUGUCUCUAUAAGCUUGGCACAUAUAGCCACUAGGAUUUUUGCCCAUUCUUCAAGGCAAAACUGCUCCAGCUCCUUCAAGUUGGAUGGGUUCCGCUGGUGUACAGCAAUCUUUAAGUCAUACCACAGCUUCUCAAUUGGAUUGAGGUCUGGGCUUUGACUAGGCCAUUCCAAGACAUUUAAAUGUUUCCCCUUAAACCACUCAAGUAUUGCAUUAGCAGUAUGCUUAGGGUCCUUGUCCUGCUGGAAGGUGAACCUCCGUCCCAGUCUCAAAUCUCUGGAAGACUGAAACAGGUUUCCCUCAAGAAUUUCCCUGUAUUUAGCGCCAUCCAUCAUUCCAUCAAUUCUGACAAGUUUCCCAGUCGCUGCCGAUGAAAAACAUCCCCACAACAUGAUGCUGACACCACCAUGCUUCACUGUGGGGAUGGUGUUCUCGGGUUGAUGAGAGGUGUUGGGUUUGCGCCAGACAUAGCGUUUUCCUUGAUGGCUAAAAAUAUCAAUUUUAGUCUCAUCUGACCAGAGUACCUUCUCCCACAUGCCUUUUGGCGAACACCAAACGUGUUUUCUUAUUUUUUUCUUUAAGCGAUGGCUUUUUUCUAGCCACUCUUCCGUAAAGCCCAGCUCUGUGGAGUGUAUGGCUUAAAGUGGUCCUAUGGACAGAUACUCCAAUCUCCGCUGUGGAGCUUUGCAGCUCCUUCAGGGUUAUCUUUGGUCUCUUUGUUGCCUCUCUGAUUAAUGCCCUCCUUGCCUGGUCCGUGAGUUUUGGUGGGCGGCCCUUUCUUGGCAGGUUUGUUGUGGUGCCAUAUUUUUUCAAUUUUUUAAUAAUGGAUUUAAUGGUGCUCCGUGGGAUGUUCAAAGUUUCGGAUAUUUUUUCAUAACCCAACCCUGAUCUGUACUUCUCCACAACUUUGUCCCUGACAUGUUUAGAGAGCUCCUUGGUCUUCAUGGUGCCGCUUGCUUGGUGGUGCCCCUUGCUUAGUGGUGUUGCAGACUCUGGGGCCUUUCAGAACAGGUGUAUAUAUACUGAGGUCAUGUGACAGAUCAUGUGACACUUAGAUUGCACCCACGUGGACUUUAUUUAACAAAUUAUGUGACUUCUGAAGGUAAUAGGUUGCACCAGAUGUUAAUUAGGGGCUUCAUAGCAACCACUUUUCCGUAAUUUUUUUCACCAAUUUGGACUAUUUUGUGUAUGUCCAUUACAUGAAAUGCAAAAAUAAAAAUCCAUUUAAAUUAUAGGUUGUAAUGCAACAAAAUAGGAAAAACGCCAUGGGGGAUGAAUGCUUUUGUAAGGCACUAUAGGACUCGUUUUACUGUGGAUAUAGAUCGUUUUGUACCCGUUUCCUCCAGCAUCUUCACAAGGUCAUUUGCUGUUGUUCUGGGAUUGAUUUGCACUUUUCGCACCAAAGUACGUUCAUCUCUAGGAGACAGAACGCGUCUCCUUUCUGAGCGGUAUGACAGCUGCGUGGUCCCAUGGUGUUUAUACUUGCGUACUAUUGUUUGUACAGAUUAACGUGGUACCUUCAGAUGUUUGGAAAUUGCUCCCAAGGAUGAACCAGACUUGUGGAGGUCUACCAUUUUUUUUCUGAGGUCUUGGCUGAUUUCUUUUAAUUUUCCCAUGAUGUCAAGCAAAGAGGCACUGAGUUUGAAGGUAGGCCUUGAAAUACAUCCACAGGAACACCUACAAUUGACUCAAAUGAUGUCAAUUAGCCUAUCAGAAGCUUGUAAAGCCAUGACAUCAUUUUCUGGAAUUUUCCAAGCUGUUUAAAGGCACAGUCGACUUAGUGUAUGUAAACUUCUGACCCACUGGAAUUGUGAUACAGUGAAUUAAGUGAAAUAAUCUGUCUGUAAACAAUUGUUGGAAAAAUUACUUGUGUCAUGCACAAAGUAGAUGUCCUAACCGACUUGCCAAAACUAUAGUUUGUUAACAAGAAAUUUGUGGUGUUUUAAUGACUCCAACCUAAGUGUAUGUAAACUUCCGACUUCAACUGUACAAACAGCAUCAUCACUUUGCUCGUUGUAUAAUUACUUCUUGCAUCUACGAGUUUUCCUCCUCUCACCUUUUCCCUUCGUUUGUGCACAACACAACAGCUGUCUGUGACCAGGCGAAAAAGCCUUUCGAAGCCAAACCUUCAUACCUUAAUCGCUAACCACUACACACAGCCUACAUCAUUGUCACCAUAUUAGCUAACGUCAAGUCAACAUAGCUACUAGAGCUAACGCGUUAGUAAACCCAAUACAAUCACGCAGUACAGUGUACAGCAAGCAGUUUAGCAGUUACACUGGCAGGCCCCAGUGGCAAUAAAUUAAUAAAACCGAAAGCUUACCUUGACUUGGAAGAGUUUCAGUGUUGGAUAGCCUUAUCCAGCUAACUAACAUAAAUAGCAUUCCACUCUGUUUGAGCCGGGUGUUUGAGUAAGCUAAAUUAGCUAUCUGCAUUAGCUAGCUAAGUAAGUGAAAGUAAAAGUUUAAAAAAUACAAUGAAAAAAAUCUCUCUCUCUCUCUCUCUCGCGCUCUCUCUCUCUCUCUCUGCUGCUUCGCCUUGAUUUUUAAAGAAGUAAAUUAGUUCAAAACUGUUAAACUAUUGUCUUUCUCUCUCUUUGAGUCAACUACUUACCACAUUUUAUACACUGUAGUGCUACCUAGCUGUAGCUUAUGCUUUCAGGACUAAAUUGAUUCUCUGAUCCUUUGAUUGGGUGGACAACAUGUCAGUUCAUGCUGCAAGAGCUCUGAGAGGUUGGAGGACGACCUCCGGAAGUCGUCAUAAUUAUUGUGUAAGUCUAUGGAAGGGGGUGAGAACCAUGAGCCUCCUAAGUUUUGUAUUGAAGUCAAUGUACACAUAAAAUAGCUGUCCUCCGGCUACACCAUGGUGCUACCCCAGAGAGUGCUGUUGAGGCUACUGUAGACAUUCAUUGAAAAACAGUGUGUUUUAAUCACACGUUAAUAUAUUUUUAUUUUUAGGAAAUUCACUGAGUAGGAUGGUCCUCCCCUUCCUCCUCUGAGGAGCCUCCACUGAUAUAUGUAUGGUUGUAUGCGUCUUCCCAGUGCUGUUUGUUUAUUUAACACUUUUCUUCAUUGUCUCUUGCAGUGGCCAGUGUAAGUACUUGCAGUUGGACCGGAGAGUUCUAGAACAUGACUUCUCUAAGAAGGCUACUGGGCCUAUCGUCCUCAACUUCCUGGUCAGGUAGUUAUUGCACCAGGUCCAUAUCUGUACCACAUAUCUACCAGUAGGGCACUCCUGUUAUUGGUUUAAGAUGAUCAUGAUGGCAGUAGUUUUAUUACAUUAGGGAAUAUCUAGUAGUGGGUGCUGAGAUUAGGGAAUGUCUUACUGAUUAUGCAUGUAAUACGUACUUUAUAAUUAAAUUCAACAAAUAGUCUAUGAAAUUUCUUUGUACGUAUCCCUGCAGGUUUUACAUUGAGAGUAUAACACUACUGAAAGACAACACGACGGUGGAAUUAUUCUUCCUAAAUGCAAAAGCUGCCGUCUACAAUGUAAGCUACUUAUCUUAUUCUGCUGUGUGUUGAGAUAAAUGGUGAAUCACACUGAUAACCUUUGGUUUCUCAAGGGUCAGGUUGCUGUGAUUCACCAUCUCAUUGUCCCUCUUUAUAAACCACCAAACCUCAGUCUGACUGUGGCCGUGAGACACUGUUUUGUUGGAAUGAGAUGAGACAGUGAGAAAGAGUAGAUUGCUGAUCUGUUUAGUCCAAGAUAAUUCUAUUUUGAUGUAUAUGUGUUAGUCAUAGGAACAGAGCUCAGAUACAGACAUCUGCAACGUGUCUCAGCAGCCCAUUUGUACAUUAACACAUUUAUGAUGAUGCUUUAUUUCUAACAGGGGGAUAUAGAGGUGGAAAGUGAGAAUGUAUUCAAAUUAGCAGCAAACGCCUUGCAGGUUAGUUUCUUAUUUGCUUGGGGUUUGUACUGUAUAUUAAUUGGCCACUCUAAAGCAUACAUCUUCUGACAUGUUGUUUUUAUAUCAAUUCAGGAAGCAAAGGGGGAUUACUCAAGGUAAGGAUAUACAUUCGAAUGAGUAUCUAACACAACAGGUAUCUAAGCAACAAGACAACAUCACACAUUUAGCAAAGGCCUUCAAUAUUGGAACUGUUUUUCCAGUCAAAUCAAUGACAGCAAAGGCAGUUAUAAGAGGGAAGGCAGAGAUGUUGUGUAUUGUGAGGCUUGCCACGGUGUGUUGAAACCUCACACAGGCCUUCGAAUGAGUAUCAUACCACUGACAGCUCAGGCAAAGGCUACUGCAGUCUGCAGGGCUGCAUUCUAACAUCAUAGCUCUACCUCCUUUAAUAAAGCUUCUAUUGCAACAGCUGCACACUCUUUACUGUCAGGGAGCAUUCAGUUGGAACAAUAGACAGAGAAUUAUGGAACACUGUGGAUCUUUGUCUGCAUUUCCACCUGUCUCAUUCCAAAUUAACAGAAAUUACAGGGGUUAGAUGGCCAGAGAAUGCCGCUUCAGUUAGUUCAUUAUCCAUGCACCUGGAGCAUGUCUGCCAAUGAGGUUUCUGCACCUGUGGGUCAGGUCAGACAGUCUGACUGAAUAGGGGUGAUAUCCUCCAGAUUUUCCUGGGUUUUAUAUAUAUUUCCACACUAUGAGGUUGGAAUAAUACUGUGAAAUUGUGAAAAUGAUGAUAAUGCCCUUUUAGUGUAAGAGCUGUUUGAAAAGACCACCUGAAAUGUCAGCCUGUUUUGGUGGGAUGGAGUUUUGGCCUGCCUGGUGAAAUCACCAGAUGGUAAAUGAGUUAAUAUACCAAUAAGAAAGAGAGUUCCAAACCUCUCUGCCAACAACAGUUUUCAGUUUUCCCCUCCCCACAGACCACUCCCAAACAGUCCUAGCAAAAGUCUUAUUUCUUUUAGAUUGCUUUUAUUGAUAACAAUCACAGUAAGGUACUUAAUUGUUACUCAGAAACGAUUUGAUAUUGAGAUAAAAACAGCGGCAUUGGACCUUUAUUGUAUUUCACCAUCCACAUUCUGUUUUAUCAUUAUUAUCAGUGAUGAAACCACCAGAACGGAUCUGAGGAAGCUCCCAACUCUUCCCAACAAGGUGCUAAAGGAGCACCCAUCACUUACAUACUGGUAAACUAACCUUGAAUAUGAUGUGCAUCCUCGGCAACUGUUUAGUUUACAAAACUGCUCAAUAAAAAUAGGUGCAAAAGCAAUUUGCAGACAAUUAUUUAUAUCAUUUAGCAGACACUCUUAUCCAGAGCGACUUACAGUUAGUGAGUGCAUACAAUAUUAUUUUGGUUAUUUUUUUCUACUGGCCCACCGUGGGAAUCGAACCCACAACCCUGGCAUUGCAAGUGCCAUGCUCUACCAUCUGAGCUACACAGGACCCUUUAUGAUGUAUGAUGCAUUCCCGAGAGGGAGGAGGGAUGCAGCCCAUAAUUUAGGAGUUGAAGGUGUCAUCAUAAUGCAUUUUUACAAUGCUUUUUAUAGUGAGGAUCGAGUGAUAGAGCACUACAAACAGCUGAAAGGAGUCUCCCGAGGACAGGCCAUAGUGCAGUGAGUAUUGGAAAAACAAUGAUCCCUCAUUCCCUCUCACACACGCCUGUUUACCACAAGUCAUCAGAUAAAAAACAUCAGGCCCUGGUUAUCUCUCAGUCCUCCCUCUUCUUCUCUUUCUAUCUCUUACUCCCUUUCGCACUCUGUUUUCUCUCUCACACACUCACUCGUUACUCUCUUCUUCUCUCUCUUUUUUCUUCUCUCUCCCUUACUCUCUCUAACUCUCUCUCUCUCUUUCUCACACUCUCUCUCCUUUCUCACAGCCAAGGUCUGAUAGAAAUCAAUAACCCACUUCAGUUACUGACUGGCCAGUGAAUCAAUGUGAUUCACUGUAGGCACCUUUAACAUAUCAUGCUCUCAUUGUCCUGUGUACAGUAACAUCUAUAAUAUCCCUGGCAAACCACCUUUUGAAAAUUAAAGAGGGAGUCGGGAUGUUACUGUAACACAAAACUAUUUUUAUUUCAGGUAUUUGACUCUAGUGGAAUCCUUACCCACAUAUGGUGUUCAUUAUUAUGACGUAAAGGUAAUAAUACAGUAUAUUGCAUUAUGCACACAACAACAGCUAUGGAUUGCACUUAUAAAUCCUAAUAAAUCCAAUUAAAUCCAAUUAUAAAUCAGAUUUCUAUAAGGGAAUGGAUGUAUGCAGUUCAGUCAUGAAACUAAGCUUUUGCCUUACAGGACAAGCAAGGCAUUCCAUGGUGGCUUGGGAUCAGCUACAAAGGAAUUGGCCAAUAUGAUUUGCAGGACAAAUUGAAACCAAGGAAGGUACAGUAAUUUGUUUGUUUCCAUUUGUGUUCUUCUCUACUUACAGUAUGGAGGAGUACAGGAUUAGUUUUGCAUGGAGCUAUUUUAUUGGCACCAUACAGCGGUCAUUUUGCAGUAUAGCCUUUACAGGCAUAUAGGAGAUUCAUUCUGCAGAUAAGAUGUCUGCCUGCUACUAUAGUAUUAUAUCUGACAGUGCUAAGAGCUUCAGCAGGCUGUUUGAGGAAAUAUUAAAUGACAGGGCAGGGAUAAAGAUUCCUCCAGCACGUAGCACUAUCAUGAUUCACUAACCUCUCACACACAUUCAUCACCUAUUCCACUGAUCGGGAUUGGGCCCUCAAUACAGCUGAAGCAGACAAGGCCAGACUUUCCAAGUGACAGAGUCAGUUUAUAACGACUCUGUGAUCAAUCCCUUUCGUUAAACAUGACCUUGGAGGCCUGUAUUUCUUAUAUUUCUGUCUAUCACUCAUAACAGAGGUAUGCCUGCUCAACUUUUACCAGAUCAUUUAAUACAUGUAGACAUAUUCAUCAUUCUGAGAAUCCUACAUGUAAAGUGUGUAACCCGCUCUUCUGGUUCAGUGGAUGUUUUAUAGCUUGCUGUUCCCCUGGACAAACACCAAGCUGUGUGAUCUGCCUCUACAGGAUCACGUAGUUAAGUUUAUGAUCUAUGUGCGGAUGAUGCUGAACAUUGAGAUAAGAAGGAAAGCUGGUUAAGCAGACAUUUAGUGUUGAGAGGAGGGAGGAGGGUGUGUAUAUGAUGUCAAAGACAGAAAGGAAGGGUACUGGGUGUUACCCUUCAGAGUGCUGAGAGUGCCUGAGGAGACAAGUUGGAAGCAGAGAGAAGGAGUUGUUUGUGUUGUUUGAGCUUGACAAAAAGGAUUAGAGACAUCAUUACUAUAGAAACAGGAAUUGUUCACUUACUGGACCUCUACUGGUAAGAGAUGAAGCAACAGUUUUACAUAUUGGACGUUGACAAUAACAUUUUGUUAAAUGAAAAACAACUAGAUAUAUGAUGAAAUCAUGCUUUAUUUAUGAUGUGAUUUUUGAUGGUAGCACAAUUUGGGUUAUUGUUUUUUUCUGUCCCUGAUAUUUGGCAAUAGGUACAAUAGUGUUGGUAAAUGUUACAGGUAGGCUAAAGCACUAGCUAUAAUAGGAGAGGUGUGGAUUAUAAAAUCCAACCAUUAGUUUGGGUCUGUAACAAGGCUGUAGCUGCCUGCCUCAUGUGGAGAACCCAGACAUGGUGAUGAGUCAUGCACCACUGUGGAUUCUUCAUAUCUUGCUGUAAACAGUCAGCACCUGGAGGGGUUACCAAGCAAUGUGAUGAGCCAUGGAAGCUGUUACACAUUGUUAUUUGUCUUUGUGGUAUGCCCCUUGGUAGCAAAAUGCAAUUUACUCUGGACUAGCACCUGCAUAAUGCUAUAAUGCUAUCAUAGGCCUGACAGCCCUUGUCUGUUUCAUGGCAGUUCAAGUCAUAGUUGUGAUUUAACUUACUUGAUUAAAGGUUGCAGUUUGCUAGUUAGUACAUCAUGGGAUGGAAUAAGUGGGCAUGUGUCAUGACAUAGCCAGGUCAGUGUGAGGUCAUUGUAAUAUAUCGGUUGUGAUUCAUCAUUACAGAUGCUUAUGAUUUAAUCAUAUACCUUAUUUGGGUACAUAUAAAGGUGUAAUAUGCAGGCUUUGAGAGUCAUAGUUCAAGUAAAUGUUUCACCAAUCAUUAAUCAGUUGUUUCUCUGUGUCUCUCUGUGUUUACCUCCAUAGCUGUACCAGUGGAAGCAACUGGAGAACUUGUAUUUUCGGGAGAAGAAAUUUGCUGUUGAGGUGAAUGACCCUCACAGGUGAGGGCAAGUCAAACUAUAAAUAUUUAUCACAACUACAUGUAUUUACAUUUUCUAGACAACUAAAUAAGCUCUUCUUCCUGAGUCUAAUGAUUGUGUAUGUAUUAACUCUAAAUAGGCGGGCAGUGACCAAGCGUACAUUCGGCCAGACUGGCUUGGUCAUCCACACAUGGUACGCCAGCCACUCACUGAUCAAAACCAUCUGGGUCAUGGCCAUCAGUCAGCACCAGUUUUACUUGGACAGGAAGCAAAGCAAGGUACCAUGUCAUAUUAUCUCUUUUUAGUCCUGACCUAAUCAGUGUACCUGUGUUCUGUACCUUCAUGUGUCCCUAUACCAACUAAAUUAAUAAAUGUAUUCAUGUAGAAUUAAAUGAUUAUAUUUACAUGUAGACAGUGUAGGUCUGUAGUAUGUAUUCACCCCAUAAAUCCCUAAUCCAGCAGGGUAAAAUAACUGCAGCGAAAAGUUUGGGUGAUAUUGCCAUGGAUCUAACAGAACAUGGAGGAGGAACCAAGAUAACCAGACUAGGAGAUAACCUAAAGCACAACCUCAUUAUGGCUAGCACUGGCAGCCUGGCGUCAACAGGUAGGUCAACAUUCUGGUAGCUCAAAGUCUCUAUUUAGCUAAAUGUUUCUCUUUUGAAAUACCUGAAUAAAGGGCUUGGAAAAAUAUACCCCUAUUUGAAUGCACUUUGUGUUAGAAAAAGUACAACGAAAACAAGUGCAUAGGCCUACGGUACAUUUACAGUGUAAACAAUGUCACCACUACAGGGUCGGCAGAUUCAGCGGUGGACGAAGAACAGAAAAAGGAGAAGAUCUCUGAGCUAAAGAAGAAGGAACAAGAGAUCCAAGAUGUCUUGACCCAGAAAACAAAGGAGCUGAAGAAAAUCUGCUUACGAGAGGCAGUGAGAGGCCCAUUUUUCUCUUAGACAAUUACUUACAUUGAUUUAUGAAGGUGCUAGGCUGAUACUCUUAAGCAAUUCAUUUCAGUCAGGGUCAGUCAGUGAAACACCAGUCAAUCUACUGUACAAAUUGCUUUAGUUUGGGCAAUUGAGACUAUUGGAGUGAAACACUGUGUAACUGUACGAGCCUGUGUGCCACAGAGAGUGUCUGUUUUCUGUUUUCUCCCAUUGUUUUCUGUAAAGCUAACUGACCUGGAUGCUUUGUUGUAUGUUUCCAGGAGCUCACGGGCAAACUGCCAAAAGAGUAUCCCUUGUCUGCAUGCGAGAGACCUCCUCAUGUCAGACGACGCAUUGGCACAGCCUUCAAACUGGAUGACCUCUUCCCAUACAACGAGGUCGGUAUUGAAACUGCACUGUUCAGUAUAUGACAUAUAUUUUGCUAAUUAUCUAGGCACCCAGAACCAAAUCUCACAUUCAUGUGUAGCACAUGGGGAUGUGUGAAAUGUACUCGUCAGCCUGAAGUGUCGCCACUUGCGUUGCCAAAUUGAUAACUUUUCGGUGGCGCCGAACUGGUAAGAUGCUUCGGGAGGGCGGUCAUGUGUGCUAGCAAGGCAGAGGUCCUGUGUUCCAGUCUUUGUGUGAGCCCAAUCAGGAAGCGGUACCUGCUAAGCAAGCAGCGUGACGUCCGUUAUACAUGCUGGCCUUGUAUAACGGACGUCUGUCACAAGACUAAUAUUUUGCAGAAUAUGACAUAACAUUCAUUCCAUGAAUUCCUCAGGGACUUGAACUUAGGAUUUUAGGAUAUUACUCUAAGCAGAGAAACAUACAGUAUGUACCGUGCACUGAAAAAUAGUUUUUGUGUCAUGAAUGGAAUGUGAUGAAGUUAGGAUCAGGUCCUGUCCUGUUUCGUAUGGAUCACGUGUUGAUGAGUUGCCGGAUGCAUUUCCCAAUACAGGCACAUACUGCAAAAUAUUAUGUUAUGGCUACAUUAUGCUGUAAUUUACAAUUGGAUAUUGCAUGUAAAGUGCUCAGUGGAAAUUGAAAUGGAUCUGCCAUUCUCUGCUGUAAUAAUGUCUAUAAUAAUGUCUGUAUUCUGAUCUUUAGGACCCUUAUCUGAGGAACCUGGAGAGCAAGUUUGCUCUGCAGCAGAUGAUCGUAGAGGCAGCUAAAAAGCUGGCCUCGGAGGCAGAGCUCUGUAAAACGGUGAAGAGGAAGAGAAGGAGGAACUGUCAGGACGCCAUGAGGAAACUGCAGCAGGUUGAAGAUGAGAUGAACCAGUACAGAAUCAAGAAGGGCAAGAAGCCUACCCAAAGAGCCUCUGUGAUUAUCGCAGGUACUGUAGAUAAAGAUAGACAAACACAUGCACACACAUUCCACUGUAUGACUUUAUAGAUUUGUACUAUAAUCUGUAGUCUAUAAUAUACUUUCCCCCUUCUUCCCCAGAUGAAUUUAUCCAUUUAGAGACCAGCUCCCUGUCAGACAGUAAGAUUAUGCAUGAUGGUGAGUGGGACACUGAGUUCAGUCAUACAGUAGCUACAUUACCUUUGUUGAACAGCUGCUUUACCAAUCCCAUCUGACCAUGAGUUUUGUCUCUUGGUCCAGAUGACUCUGAUGGUGCUCAGAGGCCCCGGUCACGGUCUGUCCAGUGCUCCCCUCAGCUCAGCCCUGCACACUCCCUAGAUCACCACAACAACAAGAGUCUCAACAGGUUAGCGUUUGACGGCCAGGAUGCUUCACACCACUACCACCCCAGAGAGGUGUCAUCCGCACACAGCAGCCCCUACAAAACCUUACCCAGACCUUCACGGGACCCACGCAGCAUGCCCUCCACCCCUGUUAUGACCCGCAACGCCUACAGCAGCAGCCAGCUCAGGUGAGACCCCCCACCCCCCCAGACCAUGCCUAGCCAAACCCUUACCCUCUCACCCCGACACUGAACAUUUAACCUGUACUGUUCUACUUUACCUCCAUCCCACCGUUUAACAGAAUCAUAAGUAUUUAGUAUGCUGUACAUCCAUAUUUCUUAACCAUACUAUUUGCUUGAUAACCCUAUAAUUACAUAGAGGUUUUUUUGUGUGUGACUUUUGCAGGUCGGAUGGGAACUCUCAGUCCUUCAGGCACCGCAGUGGGAGUCUGGAGUCACAGCAACGGCUAUUAAAGGAUACUGAUUCAGAGAAGCCAGUGUUCACCCAGUCCCCUGCCCGCAGGAACAACAGCACAGUAGCCCUAGAGGACUGCUCCUCCUACACCAGCCAGUCCAGCUUGGACUACCCAGGCAACCCCCACUACUGCACCCUGGACUCUCGGACCCGCAACCAUCAGCUGCACAGGAGGGUGGAGGUCUACGGUAACACAGGCAGUAUGCCUAAUCUGGUCCAGAACCAUAUCGGCUGUAGUGAUACGUACGAGCCCCAGGCACACUACGCGCCAACUGCUUACUAUGUGGCAGGCUACCCCUGUCCGGACAUGGAGCCCUACUCCAACGGUGCUUACGUGUAUGAGAACGAGAUGGAGGGCCACUACAAUGUCAACCCCUCCUACCAAGUCCACAAUUACGGACACGAGCGAUACAGGACCUACAGUAGUGAUCGGGCGGACAGCCUUGCUCAGAACCCCUACGCUACCAUGAGAUUGCCCCGGACCAGACAUGGGCCCCGCAAUGAGCCCUUACAGAAGAACAUGCAAAAGGCCCUGGUGGCUGAGCACCUGAGAGGCUGGUACCACCGUAGCGGGGGCCACAUAGAGGCAGGUAGAGGUCUGUCUGGGUAUGACUACGAUAACGGCUCUCAGCUCAGCCUUGGAUACCAGACCAUGCCAGCCCACAUCAGUCACUCCAGCCGAACCACCUCUUACUCCUCAGGUAGGGGUUGAUCCUGCUUCUCCUCAUACUGCAACAGGUCACCUUAGAAACCAUACUCUGUCUGUUCACCCUCAAGUAACACAGAGGGACAUGUUUUUUUCUGAUCAAUACAAUUCAAACAUUCCUAACAUACUGUAUGAAAAUAUUAUUCUGUAUUAAUUGUUAGGGUUAGGGUUGUGGUUGAGGCUAGGGUUGAAUCAGGAUGGGGAAAUGGAGCUAGGGUUAGGGUGUUAUUCACCGAGACUCCCCUUUAUGUGUCUGUCUCUUUAGUGCAACUAAAAAGUGUUAACUUUCUCUCUUUCUAGUUUCCUCAUCAACCAGCACAGGAAACUGGCGCAGCCAGCUAACUGUGGGUGUAACAGACUAUGAUAACAUGGCAGAGUCACCACAGCACCCUCACCUAGUAGCCCAUAGCACCUACAACCGGAGCCCCACCCAUACCAGGUGAGGACCUACCACAGCACCACACCUACAUGUAGUCUUCUAUAUAUCCUAUAGGAUUUUAGAGGAAAUAGUAGCACUAAUUGUGUGACCUAAACUAAGGGAAAUAAAAUGUUUCAAUCAAGACCAGUCUUAUUAUUGGUUAUUUAGCCAGCAGCAUACCACCCUGCAGCCACCGCUGGCUUCCCUCUGAAGCUAAGCAGGGUUGGUCCCUGGAUGGGAGACCAGAUGCUGCUGGAAGUGGUGUCGGAGGGCCAGUAGGAGGCACUCUUUCCUCUGGUCCCCCAAAAAUAUAAUUGCCCUGUGUAGGGUGCCAUCUUUCGGAUGGGAUGUUAAACAGGUGUCCUGACUCUCUGUGGUCACUAAAGAUCCCAUGGCACUUAUUGUAAGAGUAGGGGUGUUAACCCCGGUGUCUUGAAUAAAUUCCUAAUCUGGCCCUCAUACCAUCAUGGCCACCUAAUCAUCCCCAGCUUCCAAUUGACUCAUUUAUCUCCCCUGUACAGUGGGGAAAAAAAGUAUUUAGUCAGCCACCAAUUGUGCAAGUUCUCCCACUUAAAAAUAUGAGAGAGGCCUGUAAUUUUCAUCAUAGGUACACGUCAACUAUGACAGACAAAUUGAGGGGAAAAAAUCCAGAAAAUCACAUUGUAGGAUUUUUUAUGAAUUUAUUUGCAAAUUAUGGUGGAAAAUAAGUAUUUGGUCACCUACAAACAAGCAAGAUUUCUGGCUCUCACAGACCUGUAACUUCUUCUUUUUAAGAGGCUCCUCUGUCCUCCACUCGUUACCUGUAUUAAUGGCACCUGUUUGAACUUGUUAUCAGUAUAAAAGACACCUGUCCACAACCUCAAACAGUCACACUCCAAACUCCACUAUGGCCAAGACCAAAGAGCUGUCAAAGGACACCAGAAUCAAAAUUGUAGACCUGAACCAGGCUGGGAAGACUGAAUCUGCAAUAGGUAAGCAGCUUGGUUUGAAGAAAUCAACUGUGGGAGCAAUUAUUAGGAAAUGGAAGACAUACAAGACCACUGAUAAUCUCCCUCGAUCUGGGGCUCCACGCAAGAUCUAACCCCGUGGGGUCAAAAUGAUCACAAGAACGGUGAGCAAAAAUCCCAGAACCACACGGGGGGACCUAGUGAAUGACCUGCAGAGAGCUGGGACCAAAGUAACAAAGCCUACCAUCAGUAACACACUACGCCGCCAGGGACUCAAAUCCUGCAGUGCCAGACGUGUCCCCCUGCUUAAGCCAGUACAUGUCCAGGCCUGUCUGAAGUUUGCUAGAGUGUAUUUGGAUGAUCCAGAAGAGGAUUGGGAGAAUGUCAUAUGGUCAGAUGAAACCAAAAUAUAACUUUUUGGUAAAAACUCAACUCGUCGUGUUUGGAGGACAAAGAAUGCUGAGUUGCAUCCAAAGAACACCAUACCUACUGUGAAGCAUGGGGGUGGAAACAUCAUGCUUUGGGGCUGUUUUUCUGCAAAGGGACCAGGACGACUGAUCCGUGUAAAGGAAAGAAUGAAUGGGGCCAUGUAUCGUGAGAUUUUGAGUGAAAACCUCCUUCCAUCAGCAAGGGCAUUGAAGAUGAAACGUGGCUGGGUCUUUCAGCAUGACAAUGAUCCCAAACACACCGCCCGGGCAACGAAGGAGUGGCUUCGUAAGAAGCAUUUCAAGGUCCUGGAGUGGCCUAGCCAGUCUCCAGAUCUCAACCCCAUAGAAAAUCUUUGGAGGGAGUUGAAAGUCUGUGUUGCCCAGCGACAGCCCCAAAACAUCACUGCUCUAGAGGAGAUCUGCAUGGAGGAAUGGGCCAAAAUACCAGCAACAGUGUGUGAAAACCUUGUGAAGACUUACAGAAAACGUUUGACCUGUGUCAUUGCCAACAAAGGGUAUAUAACAAAGUAUUGAGAAACUUUUGUUAUUGACCAAAUACUUAUUUUCCACCAUAAUUUGCAAAUAAAUUCAUUAAAAAUCCUACAAUGUGAUUUUCUGGAUUUUUUUUUCUCAUUUUGUCUGUCAUAGUUGACGUGUACCUAUGAUGAAAAUUACAGGCCUCUCUCAUCUUUUUAAGUGGGAGAACUUGCACAAUUGGUGGCUGACUAAAUACUUUUUUCCCCCCACUGUAACUAUUCCCCAGAUCGUAGCUGUAAAUGAGUAUGUGUUCUCAGUCAACUUACUGGGUAAAAAAAGUAUCAUAUUUUUUUCCUCCCCAUGCACAAUGGCAGGUACUCUCUCUUGUGGAUGUCAUCUCUGUUCACUCUCUGUGUGUGCCUGUAACGACCUUGAGCCUCAGGACCAUCCUAGCAUUCAAUGUCACCACUUGCCACUAUCCUUCCACCUGCUCUUCCUCCUCAUGCAUCCUCUCCUCUUCUCCACCUUCCUCCUGUUCCUCCUGCUCUUCUCAUGAUUGGACAGGUCAUUUUGCUGUCAGAUAGACUUUUACAGAGAUUAAAAUGUUAUCCUUAUCUAUAAACAGUCUUUGAUAGUAAGUGACAUCAGUGUGUUCGGCCUGUUGGUGUGAAACUAAACCCCAAUAACGAAGCAGUCUCUAAUGAGUGUGGGUGUGUUCUAUGUGAACUGGUGAUCUUUUCACUUUCUUUCUCUCCUUUCACGAACUGUCCAUCCUCAAUCCUUAUGUACAUAGAUUUCCCCCAGAAUGGAAUUUGUUGAAGAGGUCUGAUACGAUGCCGGUAGAGUCAGUAGAGAUGUUUGGUGCUGUGGCCAAUAGCACUGAGGAAGACCAUUAGGCAGCCAUUCAAACACAGAAGGGUGAGAUGCAAAUAGGCUGUAGUCGUGGUAAUUAGUUUCCAUCAGUGCCACUGUUUUCAGUUUCCAUCUGCGUCUCAUCAUUUGUCAUAUUGAGCAAUAUAGUGUAGCUCCUUUAGUGGCGUGUCAAUCAAGGUGAAAUCAAUAUGUAGACCAUCCAUUAAAUGUACAGCCAGAGCAGUGGUAACACAUACUGCCAAGGCCCAACCCAGAUACUUCUAGCUCAUGGAUGACCGUGCCUUACCCGCUCAAUCAAAGAUGUUGCCAAAUUAUCUUGGUCUUUUAGCAGGCUCACAAAUUCAGUAUGGCCGCGUCCCACUGGGUAAAAACUGAUUGAAUCAACGUUGUUUCCAUGUCAUUUCAACAAAAUAAUUCAAUGUGAUGACGUUGAAUUAACGUGGGAAACUGAUUGGAUUUUCAAAAUGUCAUCAACGUAAGGGAAUUUUGUAUUUUUUUCGCCCAACUUUUAACCUAAAUCCAAUGACAUGGUGAAAUGUUUUGUUGAUUUCACGUUGAAUUCACAUUGAAUUCACAUUAGUUGAUAACUCAACCACAUUUAAAUCAAAACUAGAUGUUGAACUGACGUCUGUGCCCAGUGAAAUGUGAAGCAAAAGUUACAUGACAUCCUGUAGCUAGAAACCACACUUUCAGUGUCUAGCUUCAUAUGCACAGUUUACACACCACAUCCUCCACAUAACUCCUAUAACCAGUAGUAGAAUUCACCUACUUUUGCUUGCCUCUCAUUACUGACAAUUGUGAUCCAUAUUAAGUGGAAAGUUCUCAUUUCACAUUUUACAGUCCUUAUAUUAUUGCAUGGCAUGCUUGACAAGACAGUAGGAAGUUUGCUUAUGUUAAAUAUCCUUCUUUCUAAUAACAUAUUUUUCCAUGGUGUGUAUCCCUGGUUUGUUGUGUUCCAUUUUCAAGCCUGUACUGUAGAUUAUAAUCUCAGCUGUUGCAGCAUGCAGGGGGUUUCAUGCAGUACUAUGCUAUCCUAAAGUAUGGGAGACUUUUAUAUUGACCUUGACUCAAAUGUUUUUGUUUUCAUCUCUUCAUUACAGAAGAAUAUACAUGGAUGGAAAUUACAUGAGCAUCCACUGAAGGUAAGAGGACUGGAAUGAAAACUGGCACAAUGACCCCAACACUGGAAGCACAGACCUCUGGAAGGAUACCAACUAACCAGUCUGUACACAUACUAUGAAGCUCGAGAAUGACUCUCCCAUGUGCCUUGGACUGGAUGGAGAUCGAUAUUAUUCAGGAAGACAUGGAUGUGGUGAUGGCACAUCUGGAAAACCAGCUUCAUCGUUGUGAAUAUUGUGAAGAAUCUACAAACAGAAUUUGAAACCCUGGGUUACCUUUGACCCAAAUAUAUUUAACCUAUUGUAUUAUGACAUUAUACAUAUUGAAAAUCAACUUGAAUAUCUUUGUAAAACAUUUAGGUAUACAUUUUGGAGUUA